AAGCCUACUCGAGACCCACUUCGCCAAUACCGUUUGAAUCAUUGGUCUAGUUUCCGGCAGUUAUAGUGGCUUAAUUAGUACAGGAAAAUGCUAGCUUCUUCUAUUUCUAGUUCCGCUAGUAGUUCAUAUUCAGCUCAUUCAGAAUCAAGUCGCUUUACAAGAGAUUUCGAGGAAAUAAAGCUUCUUGGUAAAGGUGCGUUUGGAGAGGUUUAUCAUGUCAAGCAUAACUUAGAUAAAAAAGAGUAUGCUAUGAAAAUAAUACCCGCCAAUAAAAUAAAUCAGAAAGAUUUGAGGGAAGUACUUGCACUUUCUGACUUCAAACAUUCUGGAAUUGUUCAGUACUACUGCUCUUUUAUUGAUGAUUGUGCCAAAGUUGCUGCGGGUUGGACAUCUUAUCAUUCUAGAUCUGAUACCACUUUUUCAUCGUCUCGAAGUAGCUCAGAGUCAGCAAUGGAGACAUCUUUGACUUGUGGUGCUACAUUUAUUCCUGGUAUGCACCUAAUUAUUACAUGCAGUCAUGCACUAUACAAGGUGGAACUUCUGAAUAAUUAUUAUAGCACUGAACUUUUAAGGCACACAAAAAAAUUUUUGUUAUGAAGAAACUCUCACUAGAGAGAAGUUUUUAUAUAUAA